GGCCAGUCCCUGACAGACAUCAUGGUGCGGUGGUGGACGGUACCCGUGGCGCUGGUACUUCUGACCGGUUAUGCCACCGCUCAGAGCUACUACGGAAAGCGUCUGGGUUCGAUCAAGACCCUGGAACAUGGUGUGAGCGGUGAUGUGUACGCCGUCGACUCGCGUACCCUGCACCUGAGGAACCUCAACUAUGACGGCCAGGGACCAGAUGCAUUCUUCUACCUCGGUAGCGGAAACAGGCCAACGGGCCAAGGCUACCAAAUUCCGGAUGAAAACGGAAGUAUGGAGCCGCUGGGAGCGUACCGUAACCAGGCCAUCACCCUGACUCUGCCCAGCGGUGUCACCCUGGACGACAUCCAGUGGAUCUCCAUCUGGUGCCGCGCCUUUUCGGUGGACUUUGGUAAUUUGGUGCUGCCGUCACCAAUCUCCGACUACCCGCGGCCGCAGCGGAUCGGGCGUCUGAAGCCCCUCGAGCACGGCGUCUCGUCGGGAGACAUCGUCGUGGUCGACGCGCAGACGCUGCUCGUGCCUGACUUCAGCUACGACGGCACCGCGCCCGACGCCCACUUCUGGGUCGGCACUGGCUCCAAGCCCUCUCCGAGUGGCCAGGUGGUGGCAGACGAGAACGGUUCAAAGGAUCCUCUGCGCGCCUACAACCGCAAAACAGUGGUCAUCACACUGCCCAGCGACCUCACUGUCUUCGAUAUCGACUACCUCAGCGUCUGGUGCGAGGACUUCUUCGCCGACUUUGGACACGUCCGCAUCGACAAGUCGAGCCUCAACGUACCGCCCAGUCUCAAGAUGCUCGGCGUCAAGCCGCAG